AUGGCUGCUACCGGCGCGAGGGUGCGGAAGCCCGUCGGCUCUGCAGCAUGGAUCGCAACAGAGAAGGAGAAUUUUCAGCAGCUGGUGAACCAAGAGAUGGAAGAAGUGGAAUAUCCGGUGCGCCAUGAGAUGGAUUGGCUGAAUGAGCACAUGGCCGAGAUCUUCUCCAACAAUCAAUUCAAUUUCACCGAAGCUUUCAAGACGCCCGGCAAGAUGAGGGGCAAAACGCCCCGUACAGCCCGAAAGCGAGAUCCAAAUGAGGCUCGAGUGCCCUUGAGUGAGAUCUUUUCGGCCUCGCACAAGAAAUUUGAGAGCAAGAUCGCAGCUAGCCCAGCAGUUCAGCGAUCGCCUGCGAAAUCAGCUGCCACGACUACCGCCAUUCCCACCCCUACCAAGGCUAAGAAUGCCACCGAACCCAGCUCUCAGCCUCACUACCCCGAUCUGACACAGAACCUCAAUUCCUUCCCGCAAUACAAUACUGAUUCUGGCUAUCAUGGCAUGCCGGAAGGUGAUGCCGAUGAGGACGACGAUGACGACAUGGUCCUAACGCAGGUGCAACCCGACUCGCAACCGUCAACUCAGCCAUUCAACGAGGACCCUUUUACUGCGGGUGAUCCGGAGCCACCUUCCUCCGUUGAUCGUCGAACAACCAGUGCCUCCUUCCAUUCGGCCCAGGAGGAGGUCCGCCAACGUGGAGAGACCAUGGAACCCAUGCAGGUAGACACAACUCCGAAGCAAGCAGUUGAGGUACACCCUCCACCGCCUCACACCAGUCUGAAGAAAACUAUGAAGCAGUCUGGACCGAAGCACAAAGAAGAACCGGAAGGAGCGGCCCCCGAACCACAAGGGGAUCAGCACCUGUCCGAAGAGGCAGUUCCGUCACCAGUGAAGCCGUCCAUUCCCCAGGCUUCUGAACCCAACAGGGGAAAGAAUGAGGAAACUGAUGAGAUGGCCCUGGACAAUAUCGACGAUAUUGGCUCACCUUCCGACGGGUCUACCCCCGAACGGCCCCCGAUUCGCAAAAGUAGUCUCACAUUCGCCUCUCUUCCUGCACGUGAACCCCUGACGAAAAAGAGUUUGGGCGGUACCAGAAUCUCCCGCACGAGUCAUGUCGAUCUUGCAAAAAUUAACAACAACACUGGAAUGUCGGGCUAUCUAGGGAGACAGACGGGGGGGCAUCGUGCAACCCAGGUGGCCUUUGACGAAAGUGCAGCCCAGGCCGAUAAGAUGGACGUUGACGAAAACAAGGAACAGCCUGAAGAACCCGACGCCAGCAAGCUCCACAACAAAUCUUCGACUCAGAGGCUGCAUGAGAAGAUCAGCAUGCUUGGCAAGCUACAGCCGUCGCGGCCAACGAAAUCAAUUCCAUCGGUUUCGGGUCUCUCAUCUCAAGUGGCGUACCCUGAACUCCCUACUGCUAAAUCCGAUGCCAAAAGGGAUUCAUUGAGCCGAAAGUCUCGCGAGACGCCAGGUCCUGAGCCUUCCAAGUCUGCGGAGAAUGAUGAUUGGAUCAAACCCCUGGACUCGCCUUAUCGUGUCAAUACCUUCAAGAGUCAAGCAGACAAGGAGAAGCGAGCUGGAUCCGAAACUCACAAUGAUAGAGAGAUCUCUCUAAAUCGCGAUCAGAAGAUAGACCGCGAAGAGUCUGUGAGACCCAGCUCAAGACACGCACUAGAAACCCUGCGCGGCAAAUCCUCGACCCCCAUCUCUUCCCCAUACCGCCCUGGCCACUACAAGACCCAGUCCGUGCCAAAUAUAGACCCUUAUGCGUCAACGACGCCGGUGGGCUCUCCUCGGCAUCAUGAUGCACCGCUCAGUGCAUCGAAGUCAAGGUUGCAAUCGAUCGUGAAGUCGGCCAAGGGUCUGUUCAGCAACAGUGGCGAUACUUCGGCAGCGGCUCGCUUCGAGGCUUCUUCACCAGACGAGCCACGAUUGCGUCAUAUGAACACUGACGUUUCGAGCCUGAAGGAAUCAAAGAAGGCGGCGCCUCCCCAGCCGGAGAGUCCUGUCAGACAAGAAGGUCGCAGGACUCGUAGCUCCACCGAGAAGGAAGAGAAGCGCAAACAAAGGGAGCGCGAAGAGCGCCAGCGGGAAGAAGAAGAAGAAGCGGAAAGGAUUCGUCAGCAAGAGAAGGAAAGAGCCAUUUCCCAAGAGAAGUCAUCCAAGGAAUAUGAAGACCGCGGUGAUCAAAUCCGCCCGUCAAGCCCACAGAAGGUGCCUCCACAGAAAUAUUCGAAGGAGCCCGAGCGUACCAUCGAGGCUCCCUCUAGGACUCGCGCACAAUCGGUAUCCCAACAACAGUCACUCAGGCAGAAUGAUCGUCGUCCCCUCAAGCCUGCCCGUGAAGCUCUACAGAAACCGAAGCCUCAGCCUCAGCCUGUUUCCAUUCGUGUUGGCAGUGCCCUUUCCCGUCAGAUUCCACUCGCUUCGUCCGCUGUCUCCAGCGUCACAGAGACCAGUGCCACAGCACCGACGCCGGCCUCUGCCACGAAACAGCCAUCAAUUAAAAAGAAGGCUAGCAACACCUCCCUGCAUACAUCGGCCUCCAAUAGCAGCUUCAAGAGCUCCGUCUCUAGUCAAUCACAGAAGAAAGCCCAGCUCGCUAGUGAGCGUAAGCGGGAGCAGGAGGAGCGUGAAGCGCGACGAAAAGAGGAACAGAAGCGCGAAUUGGAGCGAAAGCGAGCUGCCGACGAGGCUCGGCGUCAGGAGGCGCGUAGUCGAGCAGAAACGGACCGAUGGACACGCCCAACUCCCGAAGAUCCGAAGAAAGCCGCGCAGAUGCAAGCCAUCGAGAAGCGGAGACUGGAGAACGCCCGUAGGCUCGAGAGGCAGGGGAGCCAGCAGCCAGUCGAUGUGGGCUCCCUCCCCCAAGAGAAACCAUCGCAAAGCACCCGAGAGUUGCCCAGGCCAGCUUCCCGAAUCGGCUCUGUCCAACCAUUCGGUCGGUCAAUCAACCCUCCCCAACCCAACCCCGCGAAACCACCAAAGAGGGGUGCGGAGGAGGAGGCAAACCGUCGUCCUGCGACGGCGAAACCCGGUACCAUGCAACCAUCCGGCGAGACCAAGCGCAGGAGGACCGAGGACGGACAGAAUCCUGUUACGCGGCCCACGAUGGCGCCGCCGAUUCGCCAAUCGAAUAUCAGGAAGGAGUCGAAUAUUAUCCGCAAGGUAACGAGCGUAUCUCGGAAUCGUCUUCUACCAAAGCUAACGUCGUGCCAGGAGCCCACGAAACAAUCCAUGUAUGGCCUUCCUCAGUCCUCUGCACACCAGACUGGAUCCUCCAUCUUCAAGGCUGCUCAACCGCAAAGGCCUGGACAUCCGAUGGACAUGUCCAAAUAUGCUAGCGGCAAAAUCCCCUUUGCCGAACCGGCCAAUGCCAAUCCUCAAGCCACAUCUCAUAAGACUCCUGGUGCCAGUUCCUCGCAAAAGGCGCCGAAGCCUUCCCCGAACUAUCCCAACGGCGAGAACAUCAACCUCCCGGAGAUUGCCACCGACAGUGAAGACGAAGAUUCCGAUGCAGAGAUGCUUCCUGUGCCCAAGUGGGCCCAACCCAAGGAGCUGGAGACUCUUCUGAGACAGCAAGAAGGCAUGGAGGUCGACUCGAUCUUUGGACCUAUUGCGCCAUUCUCACUGGAGGAGACUUUCAAGUCCGACAAGAAGAUCAAGAAAUUCCGCGAGCGUACCAGCAGUGCGAACUGGUCCGGUCCCGACGGGCUCACUCAGGACGAGAUCCGCAGGGACCUUGCUGAGCGGCAACGGCUGCGGCUUAACGGGGGCUGGACGUUUGGAAAUUAA